AGUGUCCUACACACGUUCUUGUGCACUGGAUCUCGAAACACGGCCCAAUUUUGUCCACUCGAGAACUGGAGUCAAAGCCUGGCCCCGCCGUCUCCUUUCCGUCAUGAAGGUCUUUUCUUCAUCAUGCACAUUUGAUUAUUCGUGGGAGGAGGUAUCGACCGCAAAUUGGCGCAAGUACUGCCCUUGGAAUGACAAGUCCACACAUGUCGUGGCAGUAGACACUCUUUCUCGAAGCGUGGAUAUGCAAACCGGUAUACUGCGCACCGAACGUUUGAUCACCUGUAAUCAGUCCGUGCCACAAUGGGUACUCUCACUAUUUGGAGGCAGCGCUACGUCUCAUGUAUACGAAGUAUCAUAUGUUGAUCCAAUUUCCAAAAUGGUCACGAUGUGCUCGACAAAUCUCACGUGGUCGAAUGUCCUCAGUGUCAGGGAAACCGUUGUCUACCAACCAUCACUGCUGGAUCCAUCUUCAAGUACACAGUUCAGCCAAGAAGCGAAGAUUACCGCUCUUUGUGGGGGUUGGCAGAAAAUCAAGAACAAAGUCGAGGAGGCCAGUGUUGAACGCUUUAGUCAGAACGCGAAGCGAGGCCGAGAAGGAUUUGAAGCUGUUCUGGAAAUGAGUCGACGAGUCUUCAGUGAACAACGCGAGCACGACAAAAACCAACUCUGAAUUGAGGUUCUCCUCGGCUUGACACAUAGUCACCGGACACAGUCAACCAUUAUCUUUUCAAGCGUUUGCAUAUAUAUGGCGUUCCUUUGAGUUCUUUCCAGCGUCUCGACUUCAGGGAAUCUUUCAGCUCCAUUCUUGCGAUUUACUCACCAGCCCUACAUUUUCAAACCGCUGUCCCACCAGUGUUAGUGCUUGGACUCAAAUGCCCACCCGCCAUUGCAAAG